AUGAAAACUACCCUCUCCCCGUUGCCAGAUGUCACUGACAUGUUCUUCAGGUAUCACGCUAAGUCUGUGUGUAUAUAUUCCCUGCCUUUCAUCCCACUGUGCUGCCUCUUCUCUUAUAAAAGAUUCCUGGACCUUGAGUUUUCUGAAGAUGGAAAUUUGAAACCAACCAACCAACAAAAAGUCUUCUUCCUUCAAAUCUGGCUUUAAAUAAAACCUAUUUUCUGGCCAAUGUGAUUGCACCUCCGUGGAGCAGGAUGGAACCUCCCUCUUCCCUGACCCAGUAACUAAGUGUUUGGCUGGCUCUGGCUCUAGCAACUUCUGUACCAGGUUACCAGAAAGGAUCUCUACUAUAUAGUUUCUUCCUGGGCUCAAUUUAAGCAUGCUUCUGGGAAUGCCCUUAUUGAAGUGAGCAGUUGGCAACACCCUAACCCAUUGCAGGGUCUUGAUCACAUUCCAGAUGUCUAAUAAAGAACUCCAGGUUUCCACAGGCCAGUACCUCAGACAUUUCAGGUGGCACAAGAUUUUGGUUGUGGUGCUAGCCAUUGUGUCUUGCGUCCUGUACUUCAGGAUUUUCUGGUCUGGCAACAGUGACCCUUGGCCUCCAAAGUCCCCUUCUGCAGACAAAGAUCCCACUUCUCUCUCCCUGGAGCUCCCCAACUUGAUCCACCUUCUAUACUGGCCUCUGACCCCAGGAGAUGGGGGGAACCUUUUGGCCUCCACCAGCCACAAGACUUCCACCUACCACCUGAGGGGUCCUGCUCAGGACACCUAUGCCCUGGGAAGCUACCUGGAGGUUGUCCUUGUAGCCAGGGACCACCGGGGCAGGCCCAAGACCCAUGGUGGGGAUCUGUUUCAGGCAAGAUUGCUGGGUCCAGAAUUGAGAGCAGGGGUCCCCGGGGAUGUCCAGGAUCUGGAGAAUGGCACAUACCUAUUGUCCUUCCCUCUGCUCUGGGCUGGGAGGGCCCAGGUGCAAGUGCGGCUGAUCCACUCCAGUGAGGCCGUUGGGGUUCUGCGCAGAAUCUGGACAGAACACUGGGCCACAGUUGAUUUCAUAGGCUAUUUCCGGGGACCCAGGGGAGAUGAAGAAAGUGUAUCUUGCAAUGUGAAUCCCUUGUUGAUCAGGGAGGAAAAAUCCUUCUGCUACUACAAGGAUGAAGAUUCAGGUGAAUUCUGGUAUUGUGACCAGCCCCCUACCCUGGCCUGCAGCAUGCUGGUGGGACAUUCAGUUGGACAUUACUGGAAUGUGACCACAUCUCAUGAAGAGGCCCUGCUGGCUUGGAAUCUGACAGACAAGGUCCUCCCUCAGGGUAUUGGUCCAGUCCAUGUGGCCAGGAAUACCAGCAGGAGUCUGGUUCUGUCCCCUGCACUACCAUGCUACCCUGGGAUCUCUACUCCAAAGCCCUCUGGCUUCUACCACCAAGAUGUGUGGCACUCCCUGGCCUGCUCCAACCGACCCUUCCCCACUGUCAGCAGCAUCCUGGGCUGUCUGGCUGGCCACAUCAUCCACAUGAUGGGGGACUCCACGCUUCGGCAGUGGUGGGAAUAUCUGCGUGACACAGUGCCCUCCCUGAAACCAGUGGAUCUACAUUCCAUAUAUCAGGUGGGGCCCCUAAUGGCCGUGGAGACCACUCGGGGCAUAGUGCUGCACUGGCGAGCCCACAGCUGGCCACUGCGCUCCAAACGCACACCAGUGGCCUCCCUGCACUCCGUGGUCAGAGAGCUGGGGGGCCUGGCCGGGGGCCCCCAUACCGUGGUGGUGCUGGGCCUGGGAGCCCACUUCACCACCUUCCCUCCAUCCAUCUUUGCAAGACGACUGGCAGGGAUUCGGGCAGCUGUGAUGGCCCUGCUGGAGCGGGAACCCAGAACCCUUGUGGUCAUCAAACUGGCCAACACUGGCUAUAAGUCUGUGUAUGGCAGUGACUGGUUCACCCUGCACAUGAACCGGCUCCUGCGAUCUGCCUUUGCUGGUCUCCGUGUGGCCUUUGUGGACGCUUGGGAAAUGACCUCCAGCCUGGCCCUGCCCGACAACAUCCACCCAGGGAAGCUCACUGUGAGCAAUGAAGUGAAUUUGCUCCUCUCCUUCAUCUGUCCCACCUGAGAGCUUCUGAGGGUUAUUGGCCUAGGUUGACAAAGGGCCUGGGCCACUGUUAUGAAGAAAAACACAGCCAUAAUAAAGCUUUUGGAAUAAGGGCAGAUGCCAUCAACUUCUCUCAUAGCAAAACGUGAUGGCUUCCUAACUGAUUCAGCAGAUUCUAUUCUUGCCCCACAACAACCUCUCCUCCACUCAGAAUAAGAGUGAUUUUUUAUUAAAUUCUUGUUUAUUUGGUACCAGGAAUUGAGCCCAGGGGCACCUUACCAUAGAGCUACAUAUCUAGCCAUUUUUGGUUAUUUAUUUUUCUUUUCUGGCAGGCUCUCACUAAGUAAUUUAGGGUCUCAUUAAGUUGCUGAGGCUGGCCAUGACCUUGCCAUCCUCUAGCCUUGGCUUCCUGAGAUGCUGGGAUUACAAGUGUGUGCCACUGCACCUGGCAAGUGAUUCUCUCUCUCUCUCUUUCUCUCUCUCUAUAUAUGUUUUUAAUGAGACAUUAAAAAAAUAGCCUGCUCAAAAGCCAAGGAUCUCCAUUUUACUUAGUAUACUAAGCCCUUUACAAUGAUCAUCAAGGCCCUGCAAGAUGGCUAUACCUAACUCUGCAUUAUCCAUCCCUGGCCCUUCACAGUCUGACCCCAGGGACUUAAUGACGCUCAAGCAGGUUAAGCUGUCCUGCCUCAGGGGCUUAUACCUGCUGUUCCUGUGCUUGGAAUCGCCUUCCCCCAGAUCUUCAUAUGGGCGGCUUUCUUGUCAUUCAAUUCUCUGAUCAAAAUCUCAUAGGUUUUUCCUGACCACCCAAACUUAAGUAGCACCCUCUCUUCUCUCUGCUAUCCCUUCCUCAUUUUUUCUAUAUCACUAACUACAACCUAUAAUUAUUUGGUUGCUACUACUAUUGUGGUUGUCACCUCAAUAAAAUGUGGUUUCCAUGAAGGACAGAGGGUGUCUAGGUUGCUCACUGUUGUAUCCUGUGAUUUACAGCAGUGUUUGAUGAUGCAAUAUUCAAUAAACAUCCCUUGAAUGAAUAAA